GCUCCGUGGGCUCCGCCGCGAGGGCUCCCGUUUGCCUCGCCGGGCGCUGGGCACGAGGCGCAAUGGGCUGUUCUAGCAGCGCCCAGACCCAGACCCAGGACAGCAACCGGGCGGCUGCAAAACCCAGCGACAGCAACGGGCUGCAGAAAUGUGAUGAAAACUUUCCAACCACAGAGGAAAAUGAAACCAUACCUGACCAGACAAAGUUAGAUCCAAUGGAGGAGGUGGAUCUCACACCUGAGGAGACAAAACCUAGUGAGAAUCUUCCAGCAGAGGAGCCAGAAGUUUUGAUUCCAGCAGCAGCAGAGUGUGUUAAUUCUAACUAUAAAAGAGUGGAUCUGGAGGGCACUCGACCGCUGGCUGCAGAACGCCUGGGGAGCACUGGACCACCAGCAGAACACAUUGGGAUACCGCCACCUGCGGGACCGGCAAAGGGCACUGAGAUACCGCCACCUGUGGGACCGGCAGAGGGCACUGGGAUACCACCGCCUGCCGAACCGGCAGAGGGCACUGGGAUACCGCCGCCUGCUGAACCGGCAGAGGGAAGUGUCAGCCCUGUAACAGAAAUAGUCAGGAAAGUACAAAGUAACGAAGAGGACCAACUCAUUGAGGGUGAGACGGGAGAAAAAGAGGAAACUGAGAAGCACAGUGAGCUAGUAAGUGAGGGGACUGAAACAAAAGAAGAAGAAGAAACAGGAGAAGCUGUGGAUGCUACAGCAGCAACAGAUAGAUCCUCCUGCUUUUUGUUACUAGCAGUUGAAUUCAGCAACAUAACAGUAGGAUAAGUGCAAAUUCCAGAGUCAGUGCAAUCAUGUGGAGGCAAUGAAUAACGAGGAAUGAGAGUCAGGUCUAUAUGGACUUCCUCUUCUUGGUCCUGUCAGCUGCUCAAAUGAACAUUCUUUAAUCUAAUGGCUUUUGGGGGAAAAUAUGAGGAUUUUAAAAAGCUUUUAUGGACUUCGCUACAAGCAUUAACAAAGGGCACCAGAAAAAAUCUAAGUAUUUUUCCUGAAGUCAAGUUGCCAAGACUUCAACAAGUAAUUGAAAUAUAUGAACUUUUUACGUAUCUGCCACAGAGUGCCUUUUAUAUGCUGUUAAUAGAGUGGAAAGAAUUGUCAUAUAAAACAGGCCAGCUGCUGAAUUUUCAUUUAAGAGUUUUCCAGGUUAAAAUGAGUAACUUAAAAUCCAUCUGAGGGACACUUAUAAUUGGUACCAACUAGCAUUAUACAGGAUGCAAAAGAUACAGUACUGCAUGUUGUUUCAAUGUUAGUGCUAGGCUGAGGUCAGAAACAUAGGUCCAGUCCUGAUCCCAAACCUUACACAGGUGAAUAAUUUCAAUGAGUGCAUGGAAUACCCAUGUUUAUCAAGUUGCUCAAGUGCAUAGAUAUUUACAGGAUUAAGACCUGAGAGCACCAUUUAACAGGACCUGGCUAGAUGCAACAAUCAGUUUUUCAAGAAGAUAAAGAAUACAUAGGAUGUGACACUGUAUGAUGACAAAUGUCUUUUGAUGACUUAAAAAAAAAAAGGGUUACCGAUAGGAGAGCAGUAGCACAUACACUUGGGCCUGGUCUACACUACGCGUUUAUACCGAAUUUAGCAGCGUUAAACCGGUUUAACCCUGCACCCGUCCACACAACGAAGCCAUUUAUAUUGAUAUAAAGGGCUCUUAAAACUGAUUUCUGUACUCCUCCCCAAGGGGAAUAGUGCUGAAAUCGGUAUUGCCACGUCGGAUUAGGGUUAGUGUGGGCGCAAUUCGACAGUACUGGCCUCUGGGCGGUAUCCCACAGUGCACCAUUGUGACCGCUCUGGAAAGCGAUUUGAACUCGGAUGCACUGGCCAGGUAGACAGGAAAAGCCCCGCGAACUUUUGAAUUUCAUUUCCUGUUUGCCCAGCGUGGAGCACUGAUCAGUACGGGUGGCCAUGCAGUCCCAAAUCCAAAAAGAGCUCCAGCAUGGACCAUACGGGAGAUACUGGAUCUGAUCGCUGUAUGGGGAGACAAAUCUGUUCUAUCAGAGCUCCGUUCCAGAAGACGAAAUGCCAAAGCAUUUGAAAAAAUCUCCAGGCUAUGAUAGACAGAGGCCACAGCAGGGACUCAACACAGUGCUGUGUGAUAAGUGUAAUGGAAAGGCAAAGAAUCAAAUGGACGCUCAUGGAGGGAGAGAGGGGGGACUGAAGACUUGAGCUAUCCCACAGUUCCUACAGUCUCCAAAAAGCAUUUGCAUUCUUGGCUGAGCUCCCAAUGCCUAAACGGUCAAAAACAUUGUCGCCAGUGGUUAAGGAAAUAUGUCGUCAAUUUACCCUCCCUCGCCCCCCCCCCCAAAGAAAAGGGAAAAAAAUCAUUUCUCGCCUCUUUUCAAUGUCACUGUAUGUCUACUGGAUGCUGCUGGUAGACAGGGUGCUGCAGCGCUAAACAGCAGCAUCCUCUCCCCUCCCCUCCCCGGUGGCAGAUGGUAUAGUACAAUAUGACUGAUAGCCGUCCUCGUCAUCAUCCUGUGAGUGCUCCUGACUGGCCUCAGUGAGGUCGGCUGGAGGCGCCUGGGCAAAAAUGGGAAUGACUCCCGGUCAUUCCCUUCUUUAAGCUUUGUGUCCUGGAGAUUCAGUCCUGGCAGAUGGUGCAAUAGGGCUGGUAACCAUCCUCAUCAUAGCUGCUGGAGGCUGAGCUCCUCUCCCGUACUUUCAUGUCUAAUGGAGAUUCUGGACUAUCAGAGCAGCAGGAGGCUGUGCUCCUCUCCCCCCACCUUUUAAUGAGUAAUGGAGAUGUCCUGCCUGGAAUAUCAUAGCAGCUGGAGGCUGCCUCCCCCUCAUUUUAUCUCACUAAAAAGUCAGUGUUUCUUAUUCCUGCAUUCUUUAUUACUUCAUCACGCAAGUGGGGGGAUAACUGCCACAGUAGCCCAGGAGGGGUGUGGGAGGAGGGAAGCAAUGGGUGGAGUUGUUGCAGGGGCACCCCCUAGGAUGGCAUGCAGCUCAUCAUUUCUGCGGGAUAUCUGGGGCUCUGACCCGGAGCGACUGUGCUCUCUGGUUCUCUGGUAGACUUGCCCCAUAUUCUAGGCAGGACUGACUCUAUUUUUAGACAAAAUAUAAAGAAGGGAAUGACCUGGGAAGUCAUUCCAAUUUUUGUCCAUGCGCCCCCGGCCGAACUCAGCGAGGCCAGCCAGGAGCACCCAUGACAGCAGCAGAUGGUACAAUAUGACUGGUAGCUGUCAUCGCCAAUUUCCAAAGCAGCAGAUGGUGCAAUAGGGCUGGUAACCAUCUCUGCUACCUUGCAAAGGCAAAUGAAUGCUGCUGUGUAGCACUGCAGUAUUGCGUCUAUCAGCAGCAUCCAGUACACAUACGGUGACAGUGAAAAAAGGUUGAACAGGCUCCAUGGUUACCAUGCUAUGGCGUCUGCCAGGGCAAUCCAGAGAAAAAGGGCGCAAAAUGAUUGUCUGCCGUUGCUUUCACGGAGGAAGGAUUGAGUGACGACAUUUACCCAGAAUCACCCGCGACACUGUUUUUGCUCCAUCAUGCAUUCUGAUCUCAACCCAGAAUUCCAAUGGGCGGGGGAGACUGUGGGAACUAUGGGAUAGCUAUGGGAUAGCUACCCACAGUGCAACGCUCCGGAAAUCAAUGCUAGCCUUGGUACAUGGACGCACACCACCGAAUUAAUGUGCAUAGUGUGGCCGCGUGCACUCGACUUUACACAAUCUGUUUUACAAAACCGGUUUCUGUGAAAUCGGAAUAAUUCCGUAGUGUAGACAUACCCUUGGUAACUAUUGCAGUGGAAGAAAGCAUUUAAAAUAUUUUAUAUUUUAUUAUAUAUUUUAUGCUCAUAGUAUCAGUCCUGGCACAACUAAGGAAGUACAAAAAGAAACUUUGCAAUUACUAAAACUCAGAUGGAUACAAAUUAUUAAUAAGAUUACUUUUAGACACUGUAUAGUUUCUAAAAUAAUUAUAAAAUAAAAUAAUUAUAAUAUUCUAGCCACAUUUUCCUGAUAAGUGUUAUCUUUUAAAAAAAAAAUUAGUGUGGAUUCUUACUUGGUUUACAACAUGCUAAAUAGCUCCUGAAGCUGACAUUGAACAAUGAAGCCUUUUAACAUAAACUUCCUGUGGAAACAAGACUUGAAACAGCUGAUUUCCUGGAUGUGAUAGAGGAUAAAUCUGUCCUAAUACUGAACAGGAAGAAAGGCACUACUGAUUAUUGCUGGGACUGUGUUGGCUAAACUCUUUGGCAUAAGAAAUCAAAGGACUGCAGUCGGGGAGGAAAAGUGAGGUUUUUCAGAAUGGGUGAGCACUUAUUGGCUCCAUUUAGGAGGUCUUCACAUAAGUGUUAAAGAUAAACACAAUUUAUAAAAUACUUGGAGACAAAGUCUGCACUGUAUGUGCACAUCUGACUCCAGCUGGCUUUGGUUUGUGUUAAAUAUUUAGAUUUAUAUCCAUUGCCUUUUAAUUUUUCACUUCAGCUAAUAUUGGUCAUGUUUGCUGUGUUAUUUCUUACAGUCUUCUAUUUCUUAAUGUCCUGUUCAGACGAUUGAAGUUAACUGUUUUGAUUAAGAUAGGAAACAACAGCAAUUUUAGGUUGGAAGUACCUGUUAUCCUUAUCUGCAGCCUGCAUGUUGUAUCAAGUCACAGUUAUUUUAUGGGGUUCUAUGAUCUUUGCAAUUUCAUAGAUGAAACAAAUGUAAUCAGUUAAAUUUUCUACUGAAUAUGCUGCUGUUUUAAAAAUGCUGCAGCUUUUACAAAUCACAGGUAAAAUGCAUGUCUUUUUUUUUUUUCUUUAAAAUUUCUGUGGUUCGAUGUUGCUGGGGCCUUUUUACUAGUUCUCUAAUAUUGGACUAAAAUCAAAUAAAAGCAAGUGCCCCUCGUUAUUUUUUUCUGAUGUACAGUUCCAGUAUUGGCACUGAAAUAUUAAACAUAUUAAAGGGUUUAAAUAUACUAAUAGUAAUUAACUGUAGGCAUUCCAAUCAACAAGACCAGAAAUAGCAGCAGCAGCAGCGGAGCUUCAUUAGCUUUUUUAAUGUAACUUUAUAAAGAAUUAAGAUAACCUAUAGAUUGUGCAAUCUCAUUACCAUGGCACUAACUGCAUAUCUGUGACCUCUUCAAAAAAACAAGUGAAAACAUCCAUAUAUGUCACACCACACAACUUUUUUGAAAUCAUUUAGCAGUUUUUAAUUGGAAGAAAAAGGUGUCUGAGCCUGCCAGUGUCUCAGCAAUACUUGCCUUCCUCAAACAAUCACUUCCUUGUGUACUUCAUGAUUACAGUUAGCAUAGAUGUUACUUCAUCCCAUCCCUUCUGAAGAACUUUUCUGAUUGUAUGUGGAAAACAAUAAACUACCACAAAAACUAUUUUUACUGUCCAAAUUACUCUAUCACUACCUCCAGAAAUAAGACCAGCACUAACAUUCUAGUGCUAGUAAUGCCAAUGUUCUGUAAGAUACCAAAGUAUACACUGUUACCUUACAAGCAUCUAUGCACAGCUAAGGCCCAGAGGGCCAAAUUAUGGCCUGACAUAUACCUCUGUAAUCACAGUGAAAUCAAGGGGGUUGCUGAGGACAGAUAUUGGUUCUUGGAUCAAAUAGUAAUUACACCAUGUUAAAGGUUAACGUUCAUAUUUGCUGGUGUGAUAUGUUUACAAGGCCUUCCUACGGAGUUAUGCCUGUGCACCUUAAAGGAGAUUUUUAAUUUUUUUGUCUAUUUCAGUCUGAAAAGCCAUUUUCAGAAACAUUUGUAGAAAGAGUUAGUGUCAGGUCCUAGGACCUGGCAUAAAAUUGACUCAUGCUGACAGAUGGAUCUAAUG